AGCAGAGGAGGACUUUUGAAUCGGUUAUUCGGGUGGUAGUGGGUACUUUCUGGAAUCACAUCUGCCUGCCUUUUUUGUCUCGAUCAUCCAUUGCCGCAGUACGCAGCCGCAGUACCUUGGGACUCGGAGCGCCGCAGUGCUCCUCCUUGUAUUUGUUCGGUUGUGAACUCGCCCAAUAAUCUUUGACGACUUUACCUCCAUCACAACUAGGCCCCGAUGAUCAUGUCAGAGAAGCAGCUCCAGGAUGAGCGUGCCAAGGUGACAGAGACCGGGCAAGAUCAAUCAGGGUCGGCGAACAACGCCAUGGAUGAUGCACUACCUCCAGCAUAUUCAACACAUGUGCAGCACACACAGAUUGCAAGCUCGUGUUCCACAGAGUUUCAGCCUCCUUCCAAUCCCACCAAUUCCACAGAGUUUCAGUCUCCUUCCAAUCCCACCAAUUCCACAGAGGUUCAGCCUCCUUCCAAUCCCACCAAUUUUCUUUCACUUAUACUCAAGGAUAAACCAAUACGAGGCUGUUAUGUGAUCGACCCUCUGAUCCAAAUACCCACCAAUAAGGACAGGAGAAAUCUGUACCUUCGCACAAAGGACGGGAGUAUCAAUGCUGAUAUUUGGUUGAUCGGUCAAGAGGAAGCUGCUCCUAAUAAUGGUCGCCGCACUACCCUCUCGCUGAGUUCCCAGGAUGGAAGUAUCACGGCUAAGAUUAAUACGGUCAAGGUCGUUGCACCAUUCCUGUUGGACAUCUAUGCACGCGAUGGAUCAGUAACCGUCCUUCUACCUCGAUCAUUCCACGGUUCGCUUCUCCUGACCACGAGGCAAAGUACAAAGCUCUCCGACGAUCUUCUGCAACGGAGCACCAUAUUAAGCACUGUUGAGCGUACGCGGCGAUAUUUUGUCGGUGACUUUCCGCAUCAGUUGUUUGACAAUUGGAAUGGGGAUGAGCUCAGGGUUGAGUCUCGGGAUGGCAGAAUUGUAAUCAGAUACAGAGAUGAGGCAGAGCUGCCGAAAACUGGUUUCUUCAGUCGAAUAUUCAGCAGCUAGAUCGAACACUUAUAGGGGGCAGUGAUUAUGUGCAUCGAGUACUAGCUUAGCGAAAGAGAUAUUACAAGCGAAUCACAGGCGACUCAUUAUCGAUA